AUGAUGCAAAAUGAAUCCAAUAAAAUCAAAUAUCACUCUAAAUUUUUAUUCUACUAUUUUUUCUUGUCUAUUGUAGCUUUUUGUCUUUGGCCAUUAUUCUUAUUAAAGCCAAGACAUUCUAGAAAUUUCAGGUGGGCUUCAAAAUUCUCAGUUGUCAUAACAUCAGUAUUGAAUGUCAAUUUUAAACUAAGAAAUGGUGAAGUAUUAGCAGAGGAUCGUGGAGCUGUAAUAGUAGCAAACCAUCAGUCAUCUUUAGAUGUUUUAGGAAUGCUAAGCAUUUGUAAAGUAGCAUACAAAUUAACUGUCGCUGCUAAAAAUGAAUUAAAGUAUGUAUGGCCUUUUGGUUUGGCGGCCUUUCUAGCUGGAGUGAUUUUCGUUGACAGAUCUAAUCCAAAGCAAGCGUACAAAGCACUAUUAACUACGUCACAUAUAAUGGUCCAACAAAAGACGAAAAUUUGGAUAUAUCCCGAAGGUACAAGAAAUAAAGACACUACGAAAUUCAUGACAUUUAAAAAAGGUGCGUUUGUUAUGGCUGUAUUUGCUCAAGUACCAAUAAUUCCCGUUGUAUAUUCGCCCUACUAUUUUAUUGAUAAGGAGAAGCACAUCUUUAAAAAAGGACACGUAAUUAUGCAAUGUCUAGAACCGAUUCCGACGAAGGGCUUGACACUGGAUGAUGUACCAGAACUCAUUAAGAAAAUCCGUGAUAAAAUGUUUAUUACAUACAUACAAUUAACAAAGGAAGUGUUGGACAAUUUAACGGCAGAUUCGCUGGUAACAUAUACCCAUUUAUAG